AUGACUCAAAGCAACGGCCACCAUCGGCGCACUCCCUCGGGCUCCAAUGUCCCUAAGUUGAGGACCUCCCGACCAUCUCUCCAUCGGAAAGGCACAUCCUUCGUGAACCAUUCCAUCUCAAAACUAGGCUCCGGUCAGACCACUAAGCACUUUGAAGUGGAGGACGACCGGCAGCCCGAGAUGUCGGCCAGCUUCCUUAACUUUUGCGCCAUGUGCGAAAAACAGAUAACAGUGCCUGACAACUCCCUCCUAUACUGCAGCGAAGGCUGCCGCCGUAAAGACUCUCACAAACCACUUUCGGCCUCCUUCUCCUCGACCUCCUCGAUGUCUUCCACCACCACACCUCCCACAUCUCCUCCCAUGUCUCCUCGCAUAAUCGUGGCGCCGAGGACUCCCACGAAAGCUCCCUCCAGAUACUCCGUCUCCGCCCGGAUAACCGGCGAAUGGAAUGAUGCCAAAACGGAUCAGGAUCCGUCCGAAUGGAAGCCCGUGAUACCUAUGGGAUCGGGUGUAAGCCCGCUGGCGUCUUCGGAAGCUUGGAACUACUUGUCCCAGUUCCACAGCGACGAGUCCGUGGUGCCUAUGCGUCGCCCUCGGCUCGACCACCGCAGCUCGAGCCUCACGACGCUCUUGAGUGCCCCAGGGCCCAUCCCCUCGCUUAUGCACACGCCGUCAACUGCUGCAUCAUCGUUCAGCAGCAAUGGAUCGGACUGCAUGAGCUACAUGCACGACGCGGCCUAUCGUCCGCUGCCUCCUCGCCACAACCCCUACUUCCCCAGCUGCUCCACUGCCACGAAGGGGGUUGAUCUGGUCGUGCCUCACGUACACAUUCCGACGGAGGACGCUACCCCGGUCGACAUGUCCAACGAGGACUCGAUCUUUCCUGCCAGCAGUGCCCUGUGGGAUGACAAGCGCCUCGACAAGACGCCUACCUUGGCCACAACCUUGGGUUCGGUGAACGCGGAUGUGCCUGCGCGUCCCCUGGAGGCAUCUUCAUGA